UACUUAAAAAACCUUGAUCACCAAUUUUGUCACCGACUGUAUGUGUUGUCAACAAAAAUAGCGAUCAAAUAAUUGAUGGAUGUGUUUACAAUUUAAAUGAUAACUAAAUGAAUUGUCCAAUUGAUCCAAUUUAUUGAUAAUAGUGUACAAAUCAUAAGUAAUGACAAAAUGCAUUGAAUUUAAGGUACAAAUUGGUGAUUGUGUGAUAUGAUGUCCACAAAUGGAGCUAUUCUUCCCAAAAAUGGCAACUCUGACAUCAAAUCCGAGUUAAAUGACAUUAAUUUAGAAGAAGAUUGUCUUAUAAAGAGUAAUCUUCAGUUUAAGACUAUCAAUACUCCUGCAAAUGCAUCGCUUAUGAUAUUUAGUGGCCAAAAGACACGGCACCGAAACAAUUCAGUCUCAUCUAUGUCUGCCAUCAGUACAACCAAUUCAUGCAAAAUUGAAGUCAACAAUUGUCUGGAUAUGUAUUCGAGUUCACAAUCGGCAGAACCGUCGGAGCCGUCGGAAUCAUCUCCGCUGAGCGCCAGUGAAACUCAGGCACAGGAUAUGUUCUGUUCGAGCACUAUGUCUGGUGACUGUUCCAGUAAUACCAGUGAUAUUAUUGAUGUCAAGACCAGUGAUAACUCUCCAAAACGUCUCUGUUUAGUCUGUGGUGAUACAGCAUCUGGAUUUCAUUAUGGAGUGGCCUCUUGUGAGGCAUGUAAAGCAUUCUUUAAGAGAACCAUUCAGGGAAACAUUGAGUACACGUGUCCGGCGGCCAAUGAUUGCGAAAUUAAUAAAAGAAGACGAAAGGCAUGUCAGGCCUGUCGGUUCCAGAAGUGUUUAAGAAUGGGAAUGCUUAAGGAAGGCGUGCGUUUAGAUCGGGUUAGAGGAGGUCGACAAAAGUAUAGACGGAGUCCAGACAAUCCCUAUCCUAUACAAAAUGUUAUGCCAAUUAAAAAGGCUAAUAUUGAAGAAAAUAAGAUAAUAUCGGCAUUGAUUAGCUGUGAACCGGAGCCAUUGUUAGCAACCAAUUGCCAAAAUUCUUCGACAUCAACAUCGGCUCAAUAUAAAAGCAUUUGUUUAUUGAGUGAUUUAGUUGAUAGAGAACUGGUCGCUACAAUCGGAUGGGCCAAACAAAUUCCCGGUUUCACUGAUUUGAUUCUUAACGAUCAAAUGAGACUCUUGCAGACCACUUGGGCUGAAGUAUUAUCACUAUCAUUGGCUUUUAGAUCUCAUCAGUUUUACAUACAAUCACUUGAAUCUGGAAACAGUGGCACUACUGCUUCACCUACUAAACUAAUAUUUGCCACCGAUUUAAUUAUGGAUACGGAACAGGCAGCUCAGUGUAGAGCUGAUGAACUAUUUAACCAUUCAAUACAAUUAGUUAAAAGACUUAAUUUAAUUAAGAUUGCAAAAGAAGAAUAUUUAAUAUUAAAAGCAAUUCUUCUAACAAAUGCCGAUAUUCAAUUAGAGGACUCGCAAACAGUUUAUAAAUUAAGAGAGACGUUAAUGGCAACACUUCAAGAAUGUGUGUCAGCAUUACAACCGCCCACCACUUGUGUCCAUCAUUUGAGUCAAUUGUUAUUAUGUAUGCCUUUAUUGAGACAAUUAGAUGGAGUGACCCGACGGUACUGGAAUACUGUCCGACGAGAGAGCAAUGUUCCGAUGAAUAAGUUAUUCAUCGAAAUGCUUGAAUCUAAUAUAACUAUGCGUUGAUUAGAAACACAAUUUUUAAUUGAUUGAAAACUUUAAUUAUGUAUUGGUUUGUUUGCCAACAAAUUAAGUUAAUAUAUAUAACUAUGUUAUAUAUUUUGGAAAAACAAUAUUAUUUAAAACAGGGUAUUAUUUGAGGGAUAACCUAAUGACUAUCUGUUUGCAAACGUAUUGCA